CUGCAAGCUCACCUUUAGGACCCAGCCAAGUCCAUCUGUGCCAUAAAAGCUGCAGCCCAGGACAUGACACACAAUAUUCUGUUUGGCUCUGCACUGUGUCUCUCGACAUCCCAUUCUCAUCUCAAGACACCAUGUCUACCAAGAAUACCAUCAGGAGUCAAGUGAGGCACCAUGGCUUCAGUACCAGCUCAGCCAGAGUGCCUAGGCUAAACCUCUCUGGCUUCAGCAGUGUGUCUGUGUGCCACUCGCCGGGCAGCAGUAGCUUCGGUGCAGUGUGUGGAGGAGCUGGCUUUGGCAGCAGGAGCCUCUAUGGUGUGGGGAGCUCCAAGAGGAUCUCCAUCGGAGGGGGCAGCUGUGGCACUGGAGGAGGCUAUGGCAGCCGAUUUGGAGGAGGCUUCGGCAUUGGAGGAGGAGCUGGAGGUAGCUUUGGCUUUGGCACUAGAGCAGGAUUUGGUGGUGGCUAUGGGGGAGCUGGCUUCCCGGUGUGUCCACCUGGAGGCAUCCAAGAGGUCACCAUCAACCAGAGCCUCCUCACCCCCCUGAACCUGCAAAUCGACCCCACCAUCCAGCGGGUCAGGACUGAGGAGAGGGAGCAGAUCAAGACCCUCAACAACAAGUUUGCCUCCUUCAUCGACAAGGUACGGUUCCUGGAGCAGCAGAACAAGGUCCUGGACACCAAGUGGACCCUGCUGCAGGAGCAGGGCACCAAGACCGUGAGGCAGAACCUGGAGCCUCUUUUUGAGCAGUACAUCAGCAACCUCCGCAGAAAGCUGGACAGCAUCGUGGGAGAGAGGGGUCGCCUGGACUCAGAGCUGAGGAACAUCCAGGACACAGUGGAGGACUACAAGAGCAAAGAUGGAGAUGAGAUCAAGAAACGCACAGCAGCAGAGAAUGAAUUUGUGAUCCUGAAGAAGGAUGUAGAUGCUACCUACAUGAACAAGGUUGAACUGCAAGCCAAGGCAGACAGUCUAAGAGAUGAGAUCGACGUCCUGAGAAUUAUUUAUGAGGCAGAACUGUCUCAGAUGCAAACUCACAUCUCAGACACAUCUGUGGUCCUCUCCAUGGACAACAACCGCAGCCUGGAUCUGGACAGCAUCAUCGCUGAGGCCAAGGCCAAGUAUGAGGACACUGCAAAGAGAAGUCAGGCUGAGGCUGAGUCUUGGUACCAGACUAGAUAUGAGGAGCUUCAGGUCACAGCUAGCAGACAUGGGGAAGACCUGCGCAACACCGAACAGGAGAUUGCUGAGAUCAACCGCAUCAUCCAGAUUUGGAGAUCUGAGAUCAACCAUGUCAAGAAGCAGAUUGCCAACCAGGAAGCUGCCUUUGCUGAAGCUGAGCAGCGUGGGGAGAUGGCCCUCAAGGAUGCCAGGGGCAAGCUGGAAGGGCUGGAGGAUGCCCUGCAGAAAGUCAAACAGGACAUGGCCAGGCUGCUGAGGGAGUACCAGGAGCUCAUGAAUGUCAAGCUGGCCCUUGAUGUGGAAAUCGCCACCUACAGGACACUUCUGGAAGGAGAGGAGUCCAGGUGCAUAACUACAUCCUCCAAUCCCUUCAAUAUCUCUGUGGUGCAGUCCACCGUGUCCAGUGGCUAUGGCAGUGCAGGUGGUGCCAGCAGCAGCUUAGGCCUGGGAGGAGGCAGCAGCUACUCCUAUGGCAGUAGCCAUGGCUUAGGAGGUGGCUUCAGUGCUGGCAGUAGCAGAGUCAUUGGAGGUGACCUCAGCUCUUCUGGUGGCAGCUCUUCCACCAUCAAAUACAUCACUACCUCCUCCAGCAGGAAGAGCUACAGGCCCUGA